ACAGCUGUUAGGGCAAUAUUACCGCACAGCUGGGCACACAGUUUCGGCAAAUUGUAUGUUUUGUAAUUUUUUGAGACUUGCAAGACUGCAAUAACAGAAGACGAUUUGACGACCGUGUAGCAUGCAAAACCAGCUAGUGGACUAAGAAGAAGCAGACUACAAAAUCACAGCACAUCCCCCCAUCGUAUCAAAACAAAUCGGUCACUGCCAAUAUGAGUUUUCCGGACAAAGCGGAGCGUGCCAAGUGCUGGGCGAAUCGUGAUGACUACUGGAAGUGUUUGGACGAGAAUGCGCCCAAGCACAGUUCGACAAGCGGCGAAAAAGUGCCCAGUGCCUGUCAAGCAAUGCGCAAGGCCUUUGAGAAAUCCUGCCCUGGCCAAUGGGUGAAACAUUUCGAUCGCAAGCGCACGUAUGAACAGUUUAAAGAGAAGAUGGCGUCCGGCUACGAUCCUCUGGAGGAGCGCGCAAAGGCUGCUGGCGGAGCUGGCGCAACACCAGGCAAAUAAAUACAUAAAAAUGACCCAGUGGAAUUCGUGAUGUUCGGUUAAUUGUUACGCUAUAUAAAUCUUUAUUAUUUUUUUUUUAUUGUUGUAGUGUAGUGUAAAUAAAACAUAAAUUAACAUUA